AAUCACAAACGGCAGUUCCGUUUCGUUACUGUCUUUUCUACUAUAGAGUUACCAGGAUUUUUCAAAUAUUGCUUUUAACAAUUCAUAAUUAAACACUAUUAUCAUGUUUAUUAUACAGCUUCGAAAAAUUCUAGAGACAUCAAAUAUAUACCAUGUGUUAUAUAAUUCUAUAAAAGAAAAUCAUAAUAACAUUUUUGAUUAAAUUGAAUGCAUAUGAUAUGGUUUAAUAUUGCGUGCAAUCAAUUUAGGUUUAGUGUAGAUCAUUGUGAAUACCUAAACUCUCUAACCAUAGUGAAUACUGCAUUUAAGGAAGAAGCAGCUGUAAACGUAUAAGUAAACAUAUGGAAAAUAUACGAUCUUAAAUAUUUUGACAUGAGUGCAUUUGGAAAUGAGGCAAAUCCUGCGGAGCUGACUGAAACUGCCGAGGAAAAGCGUCCAAAAUUUGGAAACCGUUUCCUAACCGAUGACAAUGAUGUCUUUAAACACAAUGCUUGUUGUUGCACAUUAUUGCAGGGAUAACGUUGAAUGGGAUGCCGAGCAAGAGAAAGAAGCACUUGCGGCGGUGACUAAGAAUUCUACACAGAAAAUGAAUGCCGAAGACAAGGAGAAGUUUCAGAAUGAUGCCGAUCAAUUUUGGGACUCGUUUUAUAGCGUACAUCAGAAUCGAUUUUUUAAAGAUCGACAUUGGCUCUUUACAGAGUUCACUGAACUUGCUACUCCACCAGGAACUGAUGUACGGGAGACACGCAGCAUAUUUGAAUUAGGGUGUGGAGUUGGAAACACUAUUCUACCGAUUUUGAAGUAUAGUCAGGAGCCGAAUUUAAAAGUCUAUGGCUGUGACUUCUCCGCACGUGCUAUCGAAAUUUUACGUGAGAACAAGGAAUAUGAUCCAAAACGGUGCGAAGUCUUUGUCAUGGAUGCGACAGUUGAAGAUUGGUCAGUGCCUUUCGCUGAGGAUUCACUGGAUAUAAUUGUGCUAAUAUUUGUACUCUCGGCUAUUGAACCAACAAAAAUGAAUCGUGUUGCCGCCAAUUGUUUUCGUUAUUUACGUCCAGGUGGUUUGGUACUUUUCCGUGACUACGGUCGCUAUGACAUGGCACAGCUACGUUUCAAAAGUGGCAAAUGUUUGGAGGAUAAUUUGUAUGUGCGCGGUGACGGGACAAUGGUAUACUUUUUCACACAAGAAGAGGUAAGAGACCUAUUCUGCAAAGCUGGGUUUAUUGAGGAGCAAAGUGUUGUGGAUAGACGAUUGCAAGUAAAUCGUGGUCGCAUGCUGAAAAUGUAUCGUGUGUGGAUACAAACGAAGUUACGGAAACCGUUGAAUGAAGAAACGAAAUGAUAGAUAAUUGUAAGAAUUAUUUUAAGUAAAAAUAAUAAAAAAGAAUAAAAAACUCAUUAAUGUA